AUGAUUCAACUUGGUAUUUCCCACUGCCCUAGAUUUAUCCUCUUUCUCGAUUAUACCAACAUGGGCACCCAAGACGAAAGAAACGUCCAAGAAAGUGAAGCCCCACCCGCCUAUGAUGAGGGAUUGAGCUGCCCCACAACAUCAUCUCGCUAUGGUUCGCUUCCGUCAACCAUGAGUGUACACGGCCAGUGGACAAAAUGGAAAUCUAUGAAUCUCUGUGCUGGUUCUGAUGCGAAGGAUCGUCUGUGUUUGAUUGAGAUGCAAACCGGCUAUAGCGGCAAAGCUCCGCUUGGGAUGAGAACGGGAUUUCUCCUGCGUAACGGAAUGAGCACGAAGGAUCCGCUGCUUGCUGCCGCUGGUGAUGAGUCGCGCGGGCUCCAUGCGUUUAAUCCCGACGGCAUCGUCUUCUUACCGCCACUUGAUCCGGACGCGAAGUCCGACCGCAUGGAUACAGAACUCCUGCGCGCCGAACCUGGCACAAACAAUGAUAUCGCCUUUCACUUUUCUAUCGAAGUAGGCGACAAGGAGCGGAGGGAGGAGUUUGCAUGGAGGAAGGUCAAGAAGGGUGAGGAUCAAGCUAAGAGGAAUGGGUUCAAGUUGGUUCGACUCUCGUCUAGCCAACAAUCAUCCCAGCCGAGCGGCGGCGGCAGCAGCAGUGGCCAAGCGCCAUCUUCGUCCUCAUCUCCAUUAUCAGGCAAAGACGGUGAGACUGUCGCCUUUCUUGGAUGGGUCAUGGCCUGGCCCAGUCUCACACAUGCGUUCACCCUUGAGGUGGUGGACGGCCAGUCGAGCGCGCUGGGAGGGCGCUGGACCCUUAUGGCUAUCGCCACUGCGGUCAGGCUCUAUACACUGCAUGUAAAGGGGAAAACGAGCAAGUUUGUCGUUGAUAUGGGAAAAAAGACUUCAGGAAAAUGA